UUUCAGUUCUUUGUUGUUCCGACUGUGUUCACAGUGUGCUGUAUCAUAUCUGGUCUACUGGCUACGAUCGUUGUACUGGGGCGACUAUUCAGUGCACCGAUCGCCUACAAGGACUUUCUGAAUAUGCGUGAAAAGAUGCUGAAUCGGCAAGAUUCGAUUGACUGUUUGAAGCGUCAGCGUUCGUAUUCUGGUGCAUCGUCAGUGUCUGUUACCUCAGAAGACUAUCUACCGAAGCCAUUGUGUAGACGGCACUCUGUCAGUCAUAACAGUCUCUGUUCACGACCACCAAGUGUGAAUCGAAAAUACAGCUACGCUUAUUCACACUACAAUGCCUGUGAUUCUGAUGAAGGCGAACAACACUAG